AUGGGCUCUAGGUCCCAGGACCGCCACGUUUGCCACUGCGGGAAGAGUUUCCUCCGGAAGGAACACCUGCGUCGCCAUCAGGCCACCCACGGCGGUCCGGCCUUCAGCUGCCUCGUUUGCGGCCGCUCCUUCAGCCGCAGCGAUCUGCUCCGUCGCCACGCCGGCAUCCACGGAGCGGCAGCCGCAGUCCCGGACUCGCGAAGAGGACGAGCCUGCGAUACCUGCCAUGCCAACAAAACAAAGUGCGAUGGGGGCAAGCAAUGUUCGCUCUGCACCAAGAGGGGCGUCAUGUGCACCUACGGCCGGCGGGACGAAAACGCGGCCGACAGAGUGCGCAGGGCCUCGCCCAGUUCGCAAGACUCGCUCGCGGAGCGGGUAUCCCCUCCGUCCGUCGAACCCGAGCGGCUGGCUCUCCCCACCUCGCUGCUCGUCAACAACGGUGCCGUCGAGUUGAGAAGCCACGGCACCAACGAAGCCGAAGGCUUCACAACAAAGACGGCCCUGCAGGCCAUCCUCAGGGCCGUGGCAUCUCAGUCGAGAAAAUCGCCCAACAAUCCGUCAUCGCCCUGCGCCGUUCCCAAAUCGUGGCUCUCCGCCUGUGUCGAGUCCUUCCUCGGUGCCUUUCACGACCGCUGGCCACUUCUCCAUGCUCCGUCGGUGGAUGAGACGAAUGAUAGCGUCGCCGAAAUUGCCUCCAUCGUCAUGAUCACCUCCUGGCUCCACUACGACUGCAGCCUGAGAGAGCACGUCAUCGAGAUUCACGAUGUGCUCGUCGAGAAAUGCUUUCAUGAUCUGGCCAACGACACGUACGACUUGAACCACCCUUGGCCUCUCGGGACCUACCAGGUCGCCCUCUUGAACAUCAUCUUCGCAUUCGAGACGGGGAGAGAUAGCUGUAUCAAGCGGGCGCGAAGGCUUCUCAGCCUUCUCAUCGCCGCGUUGCGCCAGAACAACUGCUUCAACGCCGAGGCCCAAGAGCGGGAGAAGGAGACUCACUACCCUGGAGACUUUGUUCCUUGGGUCUUCACCACCUUUGAGCAGUGGAAGAGGCUGGCCGUGUGCACGCUGCAAAUCGACGUCUAUCUGUCGCUGUUCUGCAACCAGCCACCGCUGCUCAGACGCGAGGAUCUCGACCUCGGCUUGACGUCCACGUUUGCCAUGUGGAACUCGUACGGCCUGCAUAUCUUCUUUCCCCGUCACCGAGGCGAGCCCUGGCAGCGGGGGGCCUACAAAAUGUCCUGUCUAAGCAUCGCCUCGCAGCAGCAACAAACGGCGGGCAUCUUGGUCGAAGAUGUUCAGACCUGCCUUCUGGGAACGUGGAACGACAUUUGGCUGCUUCAGCAACUACGGCGCCAUCAAGAUGAGACGGCGGCUCUCAAGGCCGAUGCUAUUUCUCGAGAGCUGAGGCUCUGCAAGCACCAACUAGAUACGAUAGAGGACGCCAUCGAGAGGCCGAAGCUGCAUGGCCAAUAUCCCGACUUCCUCCUCCGAGCCUACUCGGGCAAGGGGCUGCCGUCAGAGCCUAAAUGGAGACAACGAGUCUUGGAACGGCUCUAUUCCUGCAUCUUCACCGCGAGGAUGCUUCAUCACCUCCUGAGCAUCCAUCUUCUCGCCGAUGUCCAGGCUAUUCGCGACGUUGCCCAAAUCUCGCCCUGGACGGAGGCGGAGGCGGGCACAGCCUCGCCCACAUGGCAGCGCAAGGCCAUGCAGGUCCAGGAAUGGGCCAUGUCCGCCGACAGCCGAGCGGCAAUCCUCCAGGCCAUGUACGUCUGGAGGACGUACCAAGAAGCCGCGCCAGGCCUCGAUAGGCGACGGGAGCCCAUCGAUCCCAUCGCCUACGCCGCCCUCUCGGCGGCGGCGACGGUGCUUUGGGCAUGGACCAUGAAUGCCGUGGACGCGUGCAUAUGCGCCCCCGAGCUCACCAAGGUGGACAUUGGCACCCGGCCUCUCAACGUCGGGAUGAGCCCCGAAGUGGACGACUGGGUUCUACAGGGAGGCAGCAGCGUCAUACUUCACGGGAUGCCCGUUUGCAAAUGCAACGCGGGAACCUGGCUGACGCGUUUUGCCGAGGGUCUGGCCAGAGGUGGUCAGAGGUGGGAGACGGGGAGCAUCAUCGCGAACGUGUGUUUGUCCAAACUUGCAUUUACAUAG